AUGGCAGCUAAACAUACUAAAAAGGCAUUCAGGGAUGCUUUCAGUGCAAGAGACGAGUCGUCGGACUCUGCUGGCGAUUUCAGCGAUAGCGAAACGGAGAGAGUGAUACCGCAAGCUAAAUCCAACCAAAAGGCUGAACCAAUCUCGGAUGACGAAGAUGAUUUCCAAGACGACGAAGAAUCUGAUGACGGAGACUUCUAUAAGACUAAAAAGAAACCAAGUGGACUCGAUAGGUUUCAGGACGAAGAAGAAGAAGAAGAAGAAGACGAUGAAGAAGAAGAAGAUGAUGAUGAAGUCCCCAAUGAAGAAAUGAAAGACCCAACAUCUGCUAGCGGGAUGGUUGCUAAAGAAGCCAAAAGAAACCGUAGAUUGAAAAAGUUAACUCCUGAACAACUUGAAAAAGAACAAAAGAAAAUCAAAAAAACCGGGGUUUGUUAUUUAUCUAGUAUUCCACCAUAUAUGAAACCUUCUAAGCUACGUUCAGUGCUUUCACGUUUUGGUAAAAUAGAUCGAUUAUUUUUGAAACCUGAAGAUAGUAUUGUUUAUCAUAAAAGAGUUAAAUACGGUGGUAAUAAAAAGAAAAACUUUACCGAAGGUUGGGUAGAGUUUGUUAAUAAAAAAGAUGCAAAAUUAUGCUCUAGUACUUUAAAUGGUAAUAAAUUAGGUGGGAAAAAAACUUCAUAUUAUUAUGAUGAUAUAAUAAAUAUUAAAUAUUUAUCAGGAUUCAAAUGGUUUGAUUUAACCCAACAAAUUGCUAAAGAAAAUGAAAUUAGACAAUCUAAAUUAACCUUAGAAUUAUCUCAACAAUCUAAACUUAACAAGACUUUCAUUAAUAACGUUGAAAAAUCUAAAAUGAUUUCGAAUAUUCAAAAGAAAAGAAAAGCCAAACAGGAAGCUAAAGGCGAUAAAUCAAAUGAUAAAUCGAAUGAUGAACAAAUCAGAAGAACUUUCAAACAACGUAAAAUUACUAGUACGAGAGCUGAUGCCAAUGAUGACUUGAAAGAAAAGGCUAAACCAAAUGACAAAUUAAACGAUGUCUUAUCAAGAGUUUUUUAA